UUGACUCGGGUAUUGCUGGAAAAGGAGGAGGAGCUAAGGGUCAGAGACUAAGGGUGGAGCAGGCAUUCAGCUGCAGUCCUCACGUCUCUUAGCGGCUCUGUUGCAUCCUGGGGAGAAGACAAGACUGAGCAGAUCUGGUGGACAUCCCAGUGGACUCUGAGAAAGCAGCCAGGCACUGUGGAUGGCGUGGCAGGUGAGUGUGCCCGAGCUGGAGGACCGGCUUCAGUGCCCCAUCUGCCUGGAGGUCUUCAAGGAGCCCAUGAUGCUGCAGUGUGGCCACUCCUACUGCAAGGGCUGCCUGGUGUCCCUGUCCCGCCACCUGGACUCAGAGCUCCGCUGCCCAGUGUGCCAACAGGAGGUGGAUAGCAGCAGCUCCCCACCCAAUGUCUCCCUGGCACGGGUGAUUGAAGCCCUUCAGUUCCCUGGGGAUCCAGAGCCUAAGGUCUGUGAGCACCACCGGAAUCCGCUCAGCCUCUUCUGUGAGAGGGACCAGGAGCUCAUCUGCGGCCUCUGUGGCCUGCUGGGCUCCCACCAGCACCAUCGUGUCACACCGGCCUCGACUGUCUACAGCCGCAUGAAGGAGGAGCUAGCGGCUCUCAUCUCUGACCUGAAGCGGGAGCAGAAGAAGGUGGAUGAGCAUAUUGCCAAACUGGUGAACAAUAGGACCCGGAUUGUUAAUGAAUCUGAUGUCUUCAGCUGGGUGAUUCGCCGUGAGUUCCAGGAGCUGCACCACUUGGUGGAUGAGGAGAAGGCCCGCUGCCUGGAAGGGUUGGAGGGUCAUACCCGUGGCCUCGUGGCCUCCCUGGAUAUGCAGCUGGAGCAGGCUCAGGGCACUCAGGAGCGGCUGGUCCAGGCCGAGCGUGUGCUGGAGCAGUUCAGUAAUGAGAAUUACCACAAGUUCAUCCAGAAUUAUCAUUCCAUGGUCUCCAGUGCAGAGCUCCAGCAGGCCCGGCCUUUGGAAGGCACCUUCAGCCCCAUCUCCUUCAAGCCAGGCCUCCACCAGGCGGACAUCAAGCUGACCGUGUGGAAAAGGCUCUUCCGCAAAGUUCUGCCAGCCCCGGAGUCCCUCAAGCUAGACCCAGCCACGGCCCACCCCCUCCUGGAGCUCUCCAAGGGCAACACAGUGGUGCAGUGUGGGCUUCUGGCCCAGCGGCGUGCCAGCCAACCUGAGCGCUUUGACUAUAGUACCUGUGUCCUGGCCAACCGGGGCUUCUCCUGCGGUCGUCACUACUGGGAGGUGGUGGUGGGCAACAAGAGCGACUGGCGCCUGGGAGUCAUCAAGGGCACUGCCAGUCGCAAGGGCAAGCUGAGCAAGUCCCCAGAGAACGGCAUGUGGCUCAUUGGCCUGAAGGAGGGCCGGGUGUAUGAGGCCUUCAGCUGCCCUCGGGUGCCCCUGCCUGUGGCUGGUCACCCCCACCGUAUCGGUGUCUACUUGCACUAUGAGCAAGGAGAGCUCACUUUCUUCGAUGCUGACCGCCCUGAUGACCUGCGGCUACUCUACACAUUCCAGGCUGACUUCCAGGGCAAGCUCUACCCCAUCCUGGACACGUGCUGGCACGAGAGGGGCAGCAACACACUGCCUAUGGUGCUGUCCCCGCCCAGCGGGCCUGUCCACCUCACCCCUCCGCAGCCCACCAAGCUGUAGGGUUGCUGGUGAGUCUGCCUGCCUACAGGCUCUUCCAGCAGGGGCUCUGCUGGGUUAAGCCAGCAGAGAUGAUGACGUCCUUUACUCUUUGGGAAUGUCUUCAUGCCUGUGUAUUCCUGGAAACAUUUAAUGAUAAGAAGAAAAGGACCAUAAUCCCUUCCCUAUCAGCCAGGCGUUUGUUUAUUAACCUUUUGCUGGUCAUUCACCUGCUUAUUAACCAGCAGAACCAGGCCUUAGUGUCCUUGGGUUAAGAUAGACUUCCCUUGAUCCCUCCUAACCAUGCUUUCUGCUUGCUCUUUUAACAAAAGGUGAAAACAUUCCCAUGUAUAUUUUGUCAACGUGAACUUAAGGGUAAUAAAUUUGACAUGAUCUUUC